CCUUUGACACCUCCGAGCGCAUUCUUUGACCAUAAGGAAUAAGCGGAUAUGACGGCAUUACUUCGGACAUAUUUGUUAUAAGUUGAGAGUUUUACAUUAUAAUAAUUAUAAUGUGAUACUUAUACUCUUAUUUGUUGUAACCAGUACAAAAGUAUCAGUAAGUUUUGUUGUCCACUCUCCCAUCCGCCGGAAGUCUCAUGUGUUGCAGCUGUACCGUGAUGGUACAUGGAAAUUGGAAAGGAAACUGUAACGCGCGCCAAUACAACAAUAUAUACCGGCAACACCCAGCGCUAAUAUUUAGGUGUUUAUACUACAACAGACUUUUCUGAAUCGUCUGCCUAGAGGAAUGAAGGAAGAAGCUCCUCCGCCUCCUUACAGUGACGCGGUUGAAAACCACCAUGACCAGGAUAUUAACCAUAGUGUCGUGGUCAAACAAAAGGAUACUCAUAUGCAUGAUGCGGAAUCACAAGAGAAAAGGCUUGAAGAUGACCAUAUUCCCAUGUUGCGAGAUUAUCAGUUUUGGAAUGUUUUGGCAAUUAGUAUUUCCUUCAUGAUCCUUUUCUCCGCGUUUCACACAUGUGGCAUGUUGCAGAACUCUGUUUUAAAUGAUGUGCAUGAUGAAUACUUCAACGGUACCGGCAAAGAAGGUUACUACAGUGCUGCUGCUAUUUAUACUACUAUGGCCGUAUCUAACUGGAUCGCUCCUUCAAUGAUUGCAUACACUGGGCCUAAAUACGGAAUGAUACUGGGAGGAAUUCCAUAUUGUCUUUUUAUGGCCGUAUUUCUGCGACCUUUGUAUGGAACCCUUUACGCCGCAUCUGUCUUGUUGGGUCUUGGUGCAGCAAUUAUCUGGACAUCACAGGGCGUGUUUCUUACCAUAAAUUCAACCGAUAAAACCAUGUCUAGAAAUGCAGGAAUGUUUUGGGCAAUUCUACAGUUAAGCAAUCUGUGGGGAAAUAUUUUUGCAACCAUUCAACUUGGACAGGGAAGCGAGAUUUCACACCAAACGCGUUUCAUUCUGUUUAUCGUACUACUGGUGGUGGCGAUUGUGGGAGUUGUGAUGAUUCUGAUGCUCCGUUAUCCUGGUGCUCGUGAUCGUGGUAAAUCAGCCGCCAGUGUUACUCAAACGUCGACGAGAUCUGCCAGGGAUUGGAGGAAGUGGGCAUGGAUACUGGAAAUCGUGGCAUCAUUCAAACUUUUGAUUACUCGAAAUAUGUUACUUUUGGCAGUGACAUUUGCUUAUACCGGCUUCAUGUUGACCUUCUACAGUGGCGUUUACGGAACAGCUGUACAUCAAACGGGACAAUUCGGAACGGAAAAGAACUACCUAUUAGGACUGAAUGGCACAAUCAUAGGAAUCGGAGAAAUUGUCGCGGGGGCAUUGUUUGGAUUCCUCGGUUCGCGAAUUCAUCGCUUAGGUCGCUCACUCAUCGUAUCAAUUGGAGUAUUAAUGCAGCUGGUCAGUUACCUCCUGAUAUUUUUGUACUUUCCUGCAAUGUCGCCAUUGAGAGUUUCCAGUGAAGCCACAUAUAUAGAACCAAGCAAAGCAGUGGCUUUAAGUUGCGCUUUCAUGCUGGGUUUCGGUGACGCGUCAAUUAAUAUUCAGAUUUACGCACUACUUGGAAAUAUGUAUGCUGCGGACAGCGCUCCAGCUUUUGCCCUUUUCAAGUUCAUGCAGUCUUUCACUGCCGCCAUAGGAUUCUUUUAUUCAUCGGAAUUGACCCUUCCGCCCCAACUGGCCAUAGUCGCUGCUUUCGGUGUAGCCGGCGCAUUCACGUUCGUUUUAGUGGAGUGGUUGACCUAUCGCGACUUUACCCGCGCCAGGCAAACUAACACCACAGCCAUUAGCCUGACUACCAUUGCCACAGCGGACAAGUUCAUCAAGUCCCAAUGAGUUAUACAGCUACAGAUAUGCAGCACCUCACGACUAUUCACUGUGGAAGGACUCCUUCUUUUGGCCGAAUCCUUUUAAUUCUGCGUUCCAUUAAAGCUUUACAUAACCAUCGUAUUCCUUCCAAUUCACAGCGGACCAAAAGGGUGUUGCAAAGUGUGUCAAUAGGUUGAUCGAUUUUUGAACAACCCCAUCUGGUGUCUUUCAAACGCACAAAUUUCAUUUUGACAUUUGGUGUGUGAUAAGUAAACGCUUUCUUAUACUGCUCUAUACACAAGAUCUUUGAAAAAACCCAUCACACUGGCUCCAAAACAGCAAGAAUGAACUAAGUAAGGUGACUAAAGUCCGGAAAUACACGCAUGUCACUCAGUUGGGACAUUUUCACUUGAUAAUUUAGAUUCAGCGUCACGAGAGGCUAUCUCGGCCUGCAAUUUGGCACGAUAUAGCAUAUAGUUGUGCUGCGUCUGCUUCAGCCAUUCCUCCUCCUCGCGGUCCAAUAUUGUUUUGAAAUUUUCUAG